AUGUUCACGAUCGCGCGGAUACCCCCAGCACCGACCUUUGAGCGCGGCAGCUCCCCGGAGGCGCCUGUCCGCAUGGACGCGAUGGAUGUGGACGGCGACGACCUCGGCGAGGGCACCUCGCUUGGUGCGCGCAGGACAAUCGUUUCGCCUGGAGAGGUCAUCACCAGCUCAAAGGAGUACAUGCGUGGUCACGGAACCUACGUCGAGGACGAUAACGUCGUGUCGGCCGUGGCGGGCACGCUCGAGCGCGUCAACAAGCUCAUCUCGGUCAAGGCCUUGCAGUCGCGAUACACCCCCGAAGUUGGCGACUUGGUGAUUGGCCGUAUUGUCGAGGUUGGAGCUCAGCGCUGGCGUGUGGAAGCCAAUGCGCGCCAGGACGCUGUCCUCAUGCUCUCGUCCGUCAACCUCCCCGGCGGCGUGCAGCGUCGUAAGGUUGAGUCGGAUGCGCUCAAGAUGCGCGAGUUCCUUGCCGAGGGCGACCUCCUUGUUGCCGAGGUCCAGGCAUUCUUCCAGGACGGAGCCAUGUCGCUGCACACCCGUUCGCUCAAGUACGGCAAGCUGCGUAACGGUCUGCUCCUCGAGCUGCCUCCCCGCCUCGUCCGCCGCCUCAAGAGCCACUUCUACCACCUUCCUCCCCCCGCCGGUCCCGUCGGUGUCGACGUUAUCCUCGGCUUGAACGGUUACGUGUGGGUCUCGCUCGGCACGCGCCAAGACGAUCGCGAAGGCGGAGAGGGCUUUGACGCCGAGGGCGUGUACCGCAAUGACAACGACGAGAUUGACCCCGAGUCUCGCCAGGCGAUCAUCGACGUCGCCAACGUUAUCAAGGCGUUUGCAGCGCAUGGUGUCCCCCUUGCAGACACUCUGAUUGCCGAGGGAUACCAGUGGCUCCGUGACCAGGCUCUCGUCCCCGGUGUGCCUCUUGCGGCCGCUGACGGCGAGAGGAUGGUGCGCGAACUUGCACUCAGCGAGUAA